AUGCCGAAUCUCGUGUCUCUGCCGGUGGAGAUUAUCCUAUGUAUUUCGGACAACAUUGGCAUAUCCAAUCUCAACAGCCUCGUUCAGUCUUGUGUCAGAUUCUAUUACAUCCUCAAUAAGGAUCUAUACAAGCUCGGCUCACUCAAAGGACUCGGCCUCCACCACGUUGCAAAAGAAGGUCAGAUCUCAGGAGCCAUGAAGCUCCUAUCCACAGGCUCAGACAUCGACCUGAUGAUUUUGGUCCCCUUAAGGCUUGUUCCUCUCACCGAAAUGACAACGGCCCCAUCUGUUUCAUCUGUCAGAGCCGCAAAAAUGGUGCGAUUCCUCAUUGACCACGGUGCCAACAUCGACAAGUCAUGGGCUAGUAGGGCAUCACCCGUCUACUUAGCGGCCUUAUAUGCCUACCCGAAUAUCACAAAAAUGCUUUUGGAUGCUGGCGCUUCCAUGGCUACUAAAGGCCCGGGCGUUGCCUCGCUUCUUUCCUGCGCUGCCACAGGAAAGUCAGAGUCAGAAGCCAUCAUGCGACGCAGAGCGCACACGGUUAAAGUUGUGCUUGAUGCCGGUGCGCCGUUUGAGGCUUUUCAAAACGAAAUACCACUUCGCGAAAGGUUCCUAUUUAUAUCUUCUGAUAACGAGCUGGUUAACGCCCAGGUGCGCCCUGAUAGCGACUCUCAUGCCCUUCUGGGAUCCGCGGAUAUGUAUGAUGACAAGACCCGCGAUCGUUUGCAGAAGAUUGAAUCCGAGGUAUACGCAAGCGAGGUGGCGAGUAAUCGUUCGAAAGAGGCCCCUCGGCGGAUAAAACCGUCGGAAUGUGUGUUUCCAGAUUCGAUUUGGGACCUUGAUAAGGAGUUGGAAAUGCCGUCAUUGGCAGAUCCCGGAGAAUUUUCGGAACCCGAUGAGACGCUGCUGGAUGAAAUGGCACUUAGCCCUGGUAGUACUGGAGAAACACAGUCCCAAGACAGUGGUCGAUUCAUGCAACAUACAGUAGGGAGCGACGAGGACUUGGGGUCAGAUUGGGGCACGAGACUGCCAUCAUACUUAAGCCGAAAUUGA